ACUUUAUAUUUUUCUGUUUCCUUUUUUCAUUUUUCUGUUUUUUGUUAAGUGAAAUUUCUAACUUAAUAUAGGGGCUAAACUAUGAUGUCAUGGGGAUUCGAACUUGAGACCUCUAAUCUUUAAGUCAAGGCCAUUUUCCAUUAGGCUAUACCCCGUUGACAAUUGUUUAUGUAAAUUAAACAUCCCAAAUUAGGUCUAAUCAUCGAGUCAGUAUGAGCACUUUUGUCAAGAAGCAUCCCUAUAGAACCAUCUAUUUUCCUUCUCUUUUUUUUUCAAUUUAUAUUUUUUCGGUUUUUUAUUUUUUUGUGAAAUAAAUGCAAACAGACAUUUCAAACGGAAAAUAAGGGCCAAGGGAAGACUAAAGUGAAGUGAUUUUGUUUCUCAUUUCUACCUUGUGCCUAUAGACGUUUCAAACGGAAAAUAGAGGCCAAGGGAAGACUAAGACCAUGCCAAGUUGAGGAAACAUUUGGAACCACACAACUUUUCAUUGUCAUAAUAAUAUCUCACUUAUGAAACAAGAAAUGCAACUCAAAUAUCAAACAUAGUCGACUGAGAGCACCAUGAAAGGAGUUCAGAAGCCUAAACAUAGUCGACUGAGAGCACCAUGAAAGGAGUUCAGAAGCCUCCUCUUUUUCUUCUUCUCCUUCAUAUUUCCUUGCUUUUCUUGCUUCCAUUGAACGCCGCCUCAUCACCAAGAACACAAGCAGAAGCUCUCAUAACCUGGAAGAACGACUUUGCUUCUUCACCACCUUCUCUCAAUUCUUGGUCCCUCACAAACCUCAACAACCUUUGCAAUUGGACUGCCAUUGUCUGUGACCACAACACCAAAUCAAUUUCCCAAAUUGACCUCUCCAACUUCAACAUCUCUGCAACACUAACCCAUUUCAACUUCACCCCAUUUCUCAAUCUCACCCAAUUCAAACUCAAGGGCAACAAUUUCACAGGGCCUGUGCCAUCUGCCAUUGGCAAACUCUCCAAGCUCACAACUUUGGACUUGGGCACCAACUUAUUCAGUCAAGAAAUACCUGUGCAGAUAGGCAUGUUGACUGAGCUUCAGUAUUUGAAUUUCUUCAACAACAGUCUCACUGGUGUAAUUCCCUAUCAGCUUAGCAAUCUCCAAAAGGUACAGUUUUUGAAUCUUGGAGCCAACUACUACUUAGAAACUCCUGACUGGUCUAAAUUUUCAGGCAUGCCUUCUUUGACAUACCUUGAUUUUUCUCCAAACAGUCUUGAUUCAGAAGUCCCAGAAUUUAUAUCUAAAUGUUUGAACUUGACAUUCCUGGACUUGUCUGAAAAUACUUUCACUGGUCAAAUUCCAGAAGUGGUAUUUACCAAUCUGGGCAAGCUCAAACACCUUCAUUUAGCACGGAACAGCUUCAGUGGUCCAAUUCCUGAAGAUAUUGGUUUGAUAUCUGGUCUUCAGCAUAUUGACUUGGCUGGGAAUUACCUUGAAGGGCCAAUUCCAUCAUCUAUAGGCCAACUCAAGGAGCUUAAAUACCUUGAUCUUCAACUGAAUUUAUUAAACUCUUCAAUCCCUUCUGAGCUUGGUCGUUGUACUAACCUCACCGACUUGGCCCUGGCUUCCAAUAAACUCAGUGGGAAAAUUCCACCUUCUAUAGGCCAACUAAGAGGGCUCCGGCACCUUGAUCUUAGUUACAAUUCCUUAAACUCUUCAAUCCCUUUUGAGCUUGGUUUUUGUACCAGCCUCACCGACUUGGCCCUGGCUUCCAAUAAACUCAAUGGGGAACUGCCUCUGUCCUUUUCCAAUCUGAAAGACAUCAUCAGUCUGAGUUUAUUUGCUAAUCGGUUUACCGGUCCACUCUUGCCUUCUCUGUUCUCCAAUUGGACCGAAGUGGUCUCUUUGGAACUUGAACAUAACAGCUUUAGUGGGAAUAUUCCACCAGAUAUAGGGAGACUAUCAAAUUUGAUUAACUUGGAUCUUUCGAGAAACCAGCUCUCUGGGUCAAUUCCUCUAACACUAGGGAAACUUCCAUAUAUUCAGAGCUUAAAUCUUUCCAACAACAAUCUCAAUGGCCCAUUCCCGACAGAGAUUGCCUUCCCACUCCUGGAGAAAUUUGAUUUGUCUAAUAACAAUUUCAAAUGGCCCAUUCCCGACAGAGAUUGCCUUCCCACUUCUGUUGGAAACUCUGACUUGUGUAGAGAUGCUAGUGGCGUAACUAGAGCGGGCAAUUCCAAAAAAACUAACAAAAAAUUUAUAAUUGGUGUCCUUGUACCUGUUUGUGGUUUAUCAGUGGUUGCAACUACAAUUGCUCUGAUUCUUAUGUUCCAUAAGAAAACCAAGUGUGCUCUUAAGAAAAUCAAUAGUGCUCAAAACUUUGAGAAUUUUGAGUCAAUGAUAUUGCAAGAAGAAGUAAAAUUUACGUUUGGGGAAGUUGUAAAGGCCGUAGACGAUUUUCAUGUGAAGUACUGUAUUGGAAAAGGAGGAUUUGGAAGAGUAUACAAGGCAGAGUUGCUAUCAGGUCAAGUUGUUGCGGUUAAGAGGCUUAACAUGUCAGACUCUAACGACAUUCCAGCAAUCAAUCUCCAAAGUUUCGAGAAUGAAAUCCGAACUCUGACAAAUGUCCGGCACAGGAACAUCAUUCGGCUAUAUGGGUUCUGUUCAAGGAGGGGAUGCAUCUUCUUGCUCUAUGAAUAUUUAGAGAGAGGCAGCCUGGGAAAGGCAUUGUAUGGGGUUGAAGGGGUAACUGAACUUGGAUGGGCUACAAGGGUCAAAGUUGUGAAAGGAUUAGCUCAUGCACUUUCUUACUUGCACCAUGACUGCUCUCCACCAAUUGUGCACCGUGAUGUAACUGUCAACAAUGUAUUGCUGGAGUCAGAUUUCGAAGCCCGACUUUCUGAUUUUGGAACAGCAAGACCGAUUAGUGCCAAUUCAUCCAACUGGACCCAUAUUGUUGGCUCAUUUGGUUACAUGGCGCCAGAGCUUGCAUUCACAAUGCGAGUCACGGAUAAGUGUGAUGUGUAUAGCUUUGGAGUGGUGGCGCUGGAAGUUAUGAUGGGAAGGCACCCAGGGAAUCUGCUAGAAUCCCAGCUAUCAGAAUCAUCACAAUCAAUGAAGGACAAUGCAGAGUUGCUUUUGAAGGAUUUGGUAGACCAAAGGCUGGAGUCUCCAAGCAAUGAAUUGGCAAAGGCAGUGGUGCUUGUGAUGAGUUUAGCCUUGGGUUGUAUACGUACGCGUCCCGGGUCUCGACCUACAAUGCUUUAUGUAGCACAAAAACUAUCAGCUCGUAGUCUACCUUCCCUUCCUGAACCAUUUGGUAUGCUAACCAUCCACAAGCUGAUGGGGAUAUAAAACUAUAUGCAUAUGAUUUGUUCC